AUGGCAGCCUCCGGAUCCUGCACCCCGCCCGGCUUCCCCAAGGCCAUCCUGAGGGCCGAGGUGCAAGGCAAGUACCUGUGCUCCGAGUGCGAGGAUCUGCUGCGCCGCCCCUUCCAGGCCCAGUGCGGCCACCGCUACUGCGCCUACUGCCUGAAGAAGCUGGUGGGCUCGGGGCCCCUGCCCUGCGCCGCCUGCCUCCGGGAAGGGCUGUACGAAGAGGGCGUCUCCGUCUUGGACAGCGCCACGGCUUUCCCCGAUAACGCCGCCCGGCGCGAGGUGGAAAGCCUCCCGGCCGCCUGCGCCCACAGGGACUGUCCCUGGAAAGGUACCGUCAAGGAGUAUGAGUUUGCCGAUCACGUUCGGAGCUGCGGAAGGUUCCGGGCGCCGUGCCGCUUCCGGCCCGCCGGCUGCGGCGAGGUGCUGGAGAAGGAGGCCCUGCCCCUCCAUGAGGCCCAGAACUUUCCGGAACAUCUCGGCCUACUCCUGAACUUCGCCCUCCGGCUGGGGGCUAAAGACCCCCAUUUCUUCGGGGGGCCCCAUUCGGCCCCAGAGCCCCGUUUCUUCGGGGCCCCCGAUCUGGUCCAAGACCCCCAAUUGGUCCAAGAGCCCCACUUAUUCGGGGGCCCCCAUUCGGCCAAAGACCCCCUUUGGUCCCGGACCCCCAUUUCUUCGGAGGCCCAGAUCUGGUCCAAGAGCCCCGGGCCCCAAUUCAGCCCCAGACCCCCAUUUUCUUGGGCCCCAAAUUUGUCCCAAGACCCCCAUCCAAUUGGGGGCCCCCGAUCCGCCCCAGACCCCCAUUUCCUCGGGCCCCCGGCUCCCCAGCCCUGGGCGGCCCUCGAACUCAAGACCGCCACCCUAGAGAAGAUCGUCUGCGUCCUCAACCGGGAAGUGGAGCGGCUGGCGGCCGAAUCGGCGCAAGAGCGGCGCCGGGAAGAGGAGCGCACCGAAGCGCUGACCCACAAGAUCCGGAGCCUGGAGAGGAACCUGGCGCUGAAGGAGGCGGGUCUGGCGGAAGUGGAGUCGGCGCUUCGGCGCGCGGAAGAGGCGACCUACGACGGCGUCUUGAUCUGGAAGGUGGAGGAAGUGGGGUGGAAGAGGCAGGAAGCGGUGGCCGGCCGGGCGUCGGCCAUCUUCUCGUCGGCCUUCUACACCAGCCGCUAUGGCUACAAGAUGUGCCUCCGCCUCUACCUCAACGGCGAUGGAUCCGGGCGCAACACCCACCUCUCCCUCUUCUUCGUCCUCAUGAAGGGGCCCAAUGACGCCCUCCUGAAGUGGCCCUUCAACCAGAAGGUCACCCUGAUGCUCCUGGACCAGGACCACCGGGAGCACGUGAUCGAUGCCUUCCGUCCGGACAUGACCUCCUCCUCUUUCCUGCGUCCAAUUGGCGCGCUGAACGUGGCCAGCGGCUGCCCCCUUUUCUGCCCCCUUUCCAAGAUGGCCGCCCGGGACUCCUACAUCCGGGACGACACCCUCUUCAUCAAGGCCAUCGUCGACCUAACCGGACUCUGAAUCGGCGCGUCUACACGGGGGGCGGCUACUCCGCUUUCGCUCCCGCUCCUGGUUCCCGGUGGAGUCAGUCUGGAGUCACUCCGGUUUUGCCCCAUUUCCCCCAUUUUUCCAACCCAAAAAACUCAAUCCGGACUCUGAAUCCGGUGGCGCGUCUACAUGGGGGGCGGCUACUCCGCUUUCGCUCCCUAUCCUGGUUCCCGGUGGAGUCAGUCGGAAA